CAAAGUAACUCGCAAUAAAAACCAGCCAUCAGCAAAAGUGCAGUGCGAAAUUUCGAGAGCUCGUUUUUUCCGGACGCGAAAUCGCUGCCCAAAGCGGCAAAACCAUCAAAAAGUGUCGCGAAAUAGUGCGUGAAGUGCGACGGAUAGGUUUGCGCGAAUUUUCCCCCCGUUUCCACCGCGAUUUGAGUAAGAAAAUUGGGAAAAAUCGACGACGGUCAGGAGAAAACGCAAUUAUAAUUACGGUUCACAGCCGCCCUUUGUAAGGGUUUUCAAGUGCGAGUUUUUGUCGGUGAACGAAUGAAGAUUGAAUAACAAUCUCUCUGGGAAAAUCAAGGAAUCAUUGAUCCCAGUGGCCAGUUUGUAGUGAAAUUAUUGCUUGUAAAGGGGUUUGUUUUGAAUUAUUCCACGAUUUGGAAUAUGUGUUUGUGGUUCCAGGAAGGAUGUUAGUGCCUGGUUGCUGAAUAAAUAAGAAUUCGGAUCAUUUUGGGCGGAAGAAACAUCCCAAGUGGGCCACCUUUUGAACAAAGGUGAAAAUACCAGAUCCUAUCGACAUCCAAAGGAAAUAGCUCCGCAGACAUGAUUCUCCCGAUUUGACAUCAAGCUGUGCACCUCGAAGGGCUGCUAAUGUAUUGAAAGGUCCACUCGACGAUGGAGUGCGACGUGUCGCCCCCGGACAGCAGCAGCGGCGGAGGCGGUACCAGCAUUCUCAGCAGUAACCAACGGCGACAGCCGAAGCAGCAUCAUCAUACUAGCGGCAGCAGCAGCAACAGUAGCAGUAGUAGUAAAUUAAGCAUUAGUGGGAACAGCAGUGGUAGGAAUCUCUUAAACGUCAGUACCGGUAGUAGUUUCCGUUCGGAUUCUACUCGCAUCGGUAUGGCAGCUUCAUCUUCAUCGUCGUCCUCGUCGCAUCUACACCAUCAUCAGCUGCACAGUCACCACAAUCAUCACAUUCAUCAUGAGGAAAUUACGGUAACCUACCCGGAGGUGGUCUCCUGUUCGCCGGAGGAGCCUAGCUUCAACCUGUCGGAUGAUUACGACUGCAAUCCACUGAAAGACGUCGAUCCACUGAAUGUGUCCGGAAGUUCGAUGGACUUGCUGGCAUCGCCGGUCAAAAGCCAGCAGAAGACUCCCAAACACAAUCACCACCUGCGACGGAAUGUUCCUAGGAUAGUGGUGAAGCAGUUGCCGAAACCGCAGUCGACGCCACCGCCCCGGGAAGAGAAGCGACCAACCGGGCCCGCAUCGACAAUGCGGGAAGUUUUGGCAUCGAUACCGGGCUUCAGCGUUAAACCUCGGCGGAGGUCCAACAAGAAAAUGUCCACCGCUGCACAGAUCGAACAAACCAAGGAGGGUUGCAUCGAUCUGGAAACGCCGGACUCGAUCUUGGUAAAUACAAAUCUGAGGUCCCUGUUGAACAAACAGACCUUCCAGAUGCUGCCCCCUCUGUUUCAGUACAAAUUGGUCCAACUGUUGCCCUCGGUGGAUCGACCCUCGGUGCCGGAUGCAUCCGAUUGCGAACGAAACGGAAUACGGUUGAAUCCGUCCAGCUUGAAUAAUGAGUUCUUCGCACGAGCCUGCUUGGAAUGGCGUGAUCGGUUAUCGGAAGGAGAGUUCACUCCUGAAAACCAAAUGAAGCUAAAAACCGAAGCGGAGAAGGAAAAAAGUAAACUGGACCCGUGGAAGCUGAAACAUUUCGAACCAAUGUGGGGUGAUAAAAGUUCGACAUCGAAUGUUGGAGCUGCUGGCACGCAGCCAAAUCCUUCACCCCCUCCAACGCCGAACAAGGACAUGGCAGCAAGGACUCCAGAACCUCCAAAAACUAGCACCCCCACUUCGUCGAGACCUGCCUUGAAAACCACCAUUAAGCUAAGACCGACAACGGCGAUAGCUACGAGUACAAUAGUGGCUCCAGAAGCACUUGCCGCUACCAGUUUAGCUCCAGGUACCAGUAGUACUAGCAUCAAUAGUACAUCCCCUAUAAGCAGUGGCAGUAGUACAGCUUCGGCAACUAAUACCACCCCCAACUCCCGCGUCAGUACCACCCAAAGUUCCCUUUCACCGACAGCAUCCACAUCGUCCCCGAAACGAGUACGAACUAUUGGGGCUGUAACCAGAGCCAGUACCAGCCAAAAGCAGCUUGUUCAGUCGGAUACUCCCAUUUCUCCAGUUCGCAUCACUCGCCAGAUCACUCGAGUGGAAUCGCCUAAGCCUUCCACAUCUUCAUCUCUCGUUGUCAACACCACCGCUACACUAUCAAGUUCCGUUGAUACUCCUAAAUCGGUUCCGGUAUUAGCAGCAGAUGUCGUAGAUGCUUGUAGUCCUUCAAGUAGUAGUUCCAGUAGUUUCGUCAGUGGAAGCCUCAAGCGAACGCACAAUCGAUCCCUCACACCAGAGCUAAGCAAUAGUAAGAUAUCUAAAUCGGCUCCGGAGUCGCAACCAUCUUCCCUGGAAGGAGAUUUGUCAACGAAUCCAUGUGAUAUUAGCAAACCGGAUCUCACGGUGCCUCCUACAAUAGAUUUGGUGCCGUCAUCGCCUCUGGACGACGUUCAAAUCGUUGAAGAACCACAACCGGUUCCGGAUGUGAUAGAGGAUGUGGAAAUUGCGCAGGAAACGGUUGUCGAGGAAAUUCCCGAUGAUGAUCCGGAAAUAACGGAAGUCAUUAUGGAACGACCCCCGACUCCAGAACUCAGUGGGGGAGCGCCGCCGGCAAUCGAUGCGAAUCUCACCGAGCGCGUUAAGCAAACCAUCUACGAUCAGCAUUCCGGGGAGGUAUUCAGUAUUGUAUGUGUUCCUUCGCCACGAUCUGUUCCGCGGAUGGCGAGUCCUGUGACGAGCAGUGGCAAUAGCAAUUCGGUGGCAAUGGAUCAGGAGCAACCAGAGCCCAGUAGUCACCUGCAGCAGCGGCAUCUACAACAGGAGCAGUUCUGUCACGAUAGUAACAGUAGCAGUACUUCUACGACAGCUUUGAUGUCAUCAAGUGAUCAGGUUCCGCCGAACGCGUUGAGCAGUUUUGAAAACGUCCUGCAGAACAACGAAGAACUGGUUAUUAUGCAGAGGGAGCCCCAGGAAGAUGAGGAAGAAGAAGAGGAAGAGGAAUCCAGUCCAACCAACGGAGUGAUGAAUAGUGAUAGCAAUGGUAGUUCGGAGGCUAGCAGUAGCCAGCGGACGGUGAGUGCGGAAGUGAACAUGAAUCUGACGGCGUACCAUCAUGAUCACGAGCUGCUUCAUCAGAGUGCGAGCAGCAGCGGGAUGAUAAUGGUGGGUGGUGGGAGUGGCGGGUGCGGUGCCGAUAGGGAUGAAGAAGAGGACGACGAUGCCGAGAACUGUGAUAACAAUAAUGAUUCCACCAACGACGAGGGGGAUGAGGAAGAGGACUGCGAUGAUCAGGGGGCGCUGAUGCGGAGGAUGCAGGGUGACCUACAUGGGUUGCAUUUGAUCGAUUCGGUUCAGCAGCAGCACCAGCAACACGAGCAACAGCUGCAGCUACAAGCGCAUCAGGAUAUGAUGGACACGAUCGAUUCCGCCGACGACGAGGACCAGAUGGACGAGAAGUUCAUCGAUGCGGAGAACUUUGUGCUGGAGAGUGGCGAGAUCAGUGCGGAAAUUGACACUUUGGGCAUGCUUACGGAUGCCGCCGAAGAUGACGCAGGCGUUGACCUUGGUAUAGCCGGGGUUGCGGAAGCUGGGCCGAGUACCCACGAGGACAAUCUAAUAAUCCUGCAUGAAAUGGAUAUCAAAGGUCAGGACGAGGACGAAGACGAUGACGACGAGGAAGAAGGGGAGGAGGAGGACGAAGAAGAAGACGAGGAAGAGGAAGAUGAUGAGGAGGAAAAUGGCGGUAAUGAUCGGGAGGUACCGGAAGUUGUCGCCGCUUCGGUGGACGUUCCAACUUCGUCGGUUGAGCAAGAGGCCAUCUGCGCCACCAGCAGCGAUUUGGAUGGCUUCGAUGGGAUCAAUGCCAUCAAGAUGGAGACUGAUAACAUUUUCGAAAGUGGCGAUUGGCCAUUCAAAGUAAAACUGGAGCCGAAGAUGAUGAUCAUGGACCAGCUGGACUCGAGCAGUAUUAUUCUGACCUCGUCGACGGCGAGCACGGUCGCAGUUGCCACCCCCAUAACCGUCGUUAGCGGCCAUCACCAGCCUCAUCAGCAAAUAGUGGCAGUUAAUAGUAGUACUAGCGGUAAUAGUAGUAAUAGUAGUAGUAGCAAUGUACAGCAGCAGCAUCAGUUGCAAUUGCAACAUCAGCAGCAACAGAUCCAUUCCAUUCAAGCUGCCCAGCAGCAACAGUUCUUAAACCAACAGGUGCUCAUCCAACAAGCUCAACAGCAGCAGCAACAGCAACACCAACAGCAAUUGAAUGUGCUGCAGCUGCAGCAGGCUCAACAAUUCCAACAGCAGCAACAGCAAUCGCAACAGGUGCUAGUUCCACAGGUGACCGUGACGGCCGUGCCGAGCAGUUUCCUAUCAUCAGAGGUGAAGGAUGUAAGAGCGGUAUUGAAAACCGAAGCUCCGACUAUUUCUGGCGUAACGUUCCAAGGUCGCCCCGCUACCGGCCAAUUGAUCACCAGGAUCAAAAUCGAAGGUGAUGAUGGCCAAAAAGUACACGUCGUGUCCUCUUCGGCAAGUGACAAUCUGACGCGAGUAAUCGAGAGUGUGGCGGGGAACUACAGCUUUCCGGUGACCACUCAGGCUCAACUGUUGCCGCACCAUCACCAACAGCAGCAACAACUGAUUCAACAGGUUCAAAACCAGAUCAUUAAGCUCGAACCAGACGGAAGUCAACAGCAUCAACAGCCGAAGUACAUCAUCACUUCAAAGCAAAUAGUCAACAAGAUUCCCAUCUCGGUGACCAGCGCCCCUGCAGGACAAAUCCUACAGCAGACGCAGCAAACGAACAUUGCAACAAGCAUCCAGAAGCCAAUUCAACUGCAGAAAAUCAUUAUGUCCACCUCCAACAUUCAGUCGCAACAGCAGCGAGCUCGGCUUCCUCUGCAGCGAGCGCAACUCAUCCAACAGCAAAUCCAACAGCCGCCUACUCAAUCCCAGCAACGGUUCCAGCAGAAGUUUGUUACAAACCAGCUAAUCCGGGGUCAAAAUGCUGCCAUCAUCAACAGUGUGCAGAUACAGCAACAGCAGCAGGCGCAAGCCCAGGCUCAGGCUCAGGCCCAAGCCCACGCUCAGGCUUUGGCCAAUCAACAAGCCCAGCAGGCUGCCGCUACGGUCGGCGCAAAUGUCGUUAUCGGACCAACUCCCCGAAAACGGCUCGAAGUGGGCACCGCCGUCGUCCCGGGUAGACGAGGUGGGCGCACCGGAAGCAGUCGACUGCCGCCCGGUGCGGUGAAUCUCGAACGAAGCUAUCAAAUUUGCCAGGCCGUCAUCCAGAACAGUCCCAAUAGGCAUCAGUUGCGGGCUCAACUGAAACCGCCGCAGGCGUUCCUCACGAGUUCAAAUUCGAACUCCAGCAAUAGUAGCAAUAGCAACAGCAGUAGCAGCAGCACCGGUAGCCUCAAGGAUGAACCAACUAGCUUCGGAGGCACCGUUCUAGGAAAUAAGUUCAUACAGGUUGGUCCACGAUUGGUACAUCCAAAGCGGAUAGCUACGGCAGCGGUCGGUCGGCAGCCAUCGUCCAUUGUUGUGCGGCAUGUUUACACCACGGCAGGACAAUCGAAUCCCGGCACGAUUAGUAUUAUAUCAACAACACAGCAACAGCAGCAGCAGCAAAGCCAACCCUCACAACAACCCCAGCCACGAAUUAUCACCGCUGCGGAAGCCGCCGAACUGCAGCAUGCUCAGAUUAUCAGCGUGCCCGGUCCCGGAGGAACGGGAACCAACAUCGGCAACGUUGCCGGGUCAGGUGGCGGAGGCUUUGGCGGAAAAUACGUACUUGUGCAGCGAGCUCACAUCGGUGAUAUUGUAACGCCGCGGGCGGCCAGUGCACCACCGACACAGAAUCAGCAGCAGGUUAAUUCAGUAACCGGUGUUCCAAUAACGCUAGCGGGUCGUGGACGGCCAGCUUCGGUAGAUAUUGAUACACCUGUCUUCCCUCCUGAUUCUCAACAGCAACAACAACAGCAGCAACAGCUACAGCAAGUGCAAAUCAUACAGCCUCCGACGCCGCAACAUCUCCCGCAGCAACAAAUUGUUGGACCCAAUCCUGGCAUCCAAGCGGUGACCCGGAGGGGUCCGUCCGCGCAUGUAAUCUCAUACGGUGACAUCGGCAUCGACACGUUGGGCGCCAACAGCCAACAACACAUUACCCAAACGGCAGCUUCCGUCACACUGGAUGGCAACGGCAACAGCAGCAACUCCGUCGUGUUAACGUCCGGCAGUGUCGGAUCAAUGUCUGCUGCCACCGGGCACAUCAGUUCCACUUCAGCCACUUCACCCCAUCUUGCGGCUAGUAGCAACAAUAAUAAUAACAUUAACAACAACAAUAACAGUACUAUCGGUAUUAUUCACAAUAGCACUAGUAGCAACAACAGCAACAGUAGUAACAGCAGCAGCAACAGCAGUAGUAAUAGCAAUGGUAAUAGUAACAACCACCAUCACCAUCAGCAGUCGGGGACGGCGGGGCCAGCGGCUUCGUCCUGUUCCUGCUCGCUGAAUGCGAUGGUCAUCUGUCAGCAGUGUGGCGCCUUCUGUCACGACGACUGCAUCGGUGCUUCGAAACUGUGCGUGUCCUGUGUCAUACGAUAGAAGAAACUAAUGAAAAAUAUAGAGAUCUGUGAGAACCGUUUUCAUUGGAGUGUCCCCAACGGUUGUUUCAAACAUGUUAUUGAAACUAUCUACUGGGUCGCUCUAGUUGAAAACAGGUAUUAAUGGUAUAAAGUUUUUAAACACUAUAUUAGAAAGCCUGCCACCGAAUACCGAUAACUACAAACUUAAUCACACGAAUGCAACACAGAAGACACGAUUGAACACAUAAACACUCACACGUGGAGAAUACAACAAACUUUUGAAUGCAAAGAAAAAAAUCUAAGCCUGUGCAAAGACUCAUACUUAGCCGUUAAGUAAGUGAUUGACGAUUUUUCUUCGACCUUCAAUCUAUAUUUUGUUUUUAAUUUAUGAGGAUUUAUUGUUCGAAGAAUGGUAAUACUGUAGGUGUAAAUCCGACUUUGUGUAUAACUAAGGAAUAGAUGCGUUGUGUGUCGGAGUGCGUUUUGUUUGAAUGCGUUGAGGUACAGGAUGAGUGUUCGGGGGGCGUAACGUGAGCGCGUUGCAGAGCUUUGUUUGUUUCGUCAUUUUCGAAUUUUUUCCACCCUGGUGUGAGUGAUUAUAAGGAAGAAAAAUUUAGGAAACGCUGAUAUAAUAUUACGCUAAAUCUAUUUAAGAAAAAUCAAGAUAAAUCAUGAACUGGUAAAUAAACUAAACUAGGAAAAAGAACCCUCUUGUAAUAAUUAAUUGCUAAGACUACUCUAAUAAGCUAAGCAAAGGAAAUGCAGUUUCCCACACGGCACACUCACAUAUCUUCACCGAACGUGAAGAAAGACGCGUGCGUGAGCGCUAUGGCAGAACGAAUAAAAUUAUAAUCGACAGAGAAAACAACCUACUGGAA